AUGGUAGAUGAUGAGGACAUCAUUAUGGGGGAGGCAGGGUACCACUCUGCCAAUCCCAACACAGCAAUUGCUGCCGGUCAGCAGACAACACACGGCCAUUUAAACGGCAGAUCUGAUCCAUAUCUGGCGCCACCGCUUCUCAGCCAACCGAUGCAGAUGCCUGUGGUUCAGGCUGGUAACUCGCAGACCCAAGAAUCAUCUGCCACGACAGAUGAAGCGAGGGUCUUGUCACCGAAGAUUGACCUGAACUCAACCGUCCCUGCAGAUGCUGCAGAUAUCACUCCUGACUACCAGGACAGUCUCGUUGAUGAGUACUCAGAUUAUGCUGAGGAAAGCAAAGAAGCGCCUGGACUUCCACUUGCUUCAUUGCCGUCAGGACUUUGUUACGAUGUUCAGAUGCGCUAUCAUUGUGAAGUCCGACCAACCUCAGAUGUGCAUCCGGAAGAUCCAAGAAGAAUCUACUAUAUUUACAAAGAGCUCUGCCGGGCAGGACUGGUUGAUGACAUCGAAUCAACCAGGCCUCUUGUGGCACGCCCACUGAAGCGGAUUCAUGCUCGCAAUGCCACCGAGGAAGAAAUCUCUUUAGUUCACACCGCGGCACAUUAUGCAUUCGUAGAGAGCACAAAGGAUAUGUCUGAUGAGGAACUGAUUGCCUUGGAGCAUACUCGAGAUUCAAUUUACUUCAAUAAUCUCACCUUCGCAUCGUCCUUGCUAUCUGUCGGCGGCGCCAUUGAAACUUGCCUAGCCGUAGCUACUCGCAAGGUAAAGAACGCAAUUGCUGUUAUUCGACCACCGGGGCACCACGCCGAGCACGAUAAGACAAUGGGAUUCUGCUUAUUUAAUAAUGUGUCUGUGGCAGCGCGUGUCUGCCAGCAACGACUUGGAUUAAGCUGCAGAAAAAUCAUGAUCCUUGAUUGGGACGUCCAUCAUGGAAACGGAAUACAGAAGGCGUUUUAUGACGAUCCCAACGUCCUGUACAUUUCGCUUCAUGUCUACCAAAACGGAAGUUUCUAUCCCGGGGAGAAGGAUGGCGACGCGGAUUUCUGUGGCGCUGGAGCGGGUGAAGGAAAGAAUGUCAACAUACCCUGGCCUAGUCAAGGAAUGGGUGAUGGGGACUACAUAUAUGCCUUUCACCAGGUCGUCAUGCCGAUUGCCCAGGAGUUUGACCCUGAUUUGGUUAUAAUUGCGUCUGGUUUUGAUGCUGCUGCGGGAGAUACGCUUGGAGGAUGCUUUGUCACCCCGGCGUGCUAUGCUCAUAUGACGCAUAUGUUGAUGACGCUGGCUCAAGGCAAGGUUGCUGUUUGCUUGGAGGGUGGCUAUAAUUUUAGGUCGAUUUCGAAGUCUGCUCUCGCUGUUACGAAGACACUCAUGGGAAAUCCGCCUGACCGACUAUCCUUCACCUGCCCUUCAGAAGCGGCCAUUUCUACCAUACGGCGAGUAUCGUCCAUCCAGUCCGACUACUGGAAGUGCAUGUAUCCCAAGGCAAUAAAGAAUGAAGGAGUCUGGACUGAUAGGCUUCACGAUAUCAUUCGAGCUUACCAGGCCAAGCAGCUCUAUGACAACUAUAAGCUCACCUCUCUCUAUAUCUACCGCACUGCUAUAUCGAAAUCAUUCGAGAAUCAGGUUUUGGCAAGGCCUGAGAUUAUGGGAUUGCCACAUCCAUUAACCAACAACUUGGAGGCGCACAACUGCUGGCUAGCUGAUGUAAUGAAGGAUUAUGUCCAAUGGGCUGUUGGCAAGGGUUACGCUGUGAUUGACGUAAAUAUUCCUAAACAUGUCACAACUGAACCUUCAUCAGGCAGGUUCGAGGAAGAAGACGAGAAUCGACCGACAGCGACGGAAGAACUGGCCGGGUAUUUGUGGGAUAAUUACAUCGACCCAAAUGAAGCAACCGAGAUAUUCCUCGUUGGUAUUGGAAAUGCUUUCUAUGGAGUUGCCAACCUCUUAAUCAAUAGAGAAACCCUUUACCAGCGAGUUAACGGUGUCAUUUCAUUCGUUGCUAAAGACCCAGUCCGUGCAGUGGCCUCGCAUACUCAAGUCUGGUUAUCCAGAUGGUACCGAGAUAACUCACUCGUUUUUGUCUCAAAGGCGCAUGGUGUCUGGAAGAGUGACCGCAAGGCAACCAAGCGCUAUGGGAAACUUAUUCAGUCAUCCAGGGAAGGACUUAGUGACAUGCUUAUGCACCACAAAGAUGAGGUUUUCCAAUGGAUCGAAGAUCGUAUUGAGCCUGAGAGCGAGGAGACGGAGGAGGAGAAGCCGGUCAAGCGUUCACCUACCAAGGCCGCUCCCAAAGCGGCCUGAUCACCAGAGAACAUCAUGAAAUUUCUCUAUUAUUGGUAGUUAAAUCGGUUAGGAGAUGUGAUUGUAAUUGUCUCUUAUUUUGUGCAUGGUCGGGAGGGCGGAAAUGGCUUAGAACGGCUUGAUUGAUCAGCUCAUA